UGAACAUACAGGAGAAGAAUCAAGGAGUUAAUGGGACAGGGCAGGGGGACGUUGGGUACAGGCUGGACACUGCGCUGUGUGCUUAACUACAUGUCACCAGAGGAGGAAAGGAACGUAUUACUGCCGUAUCAGCUGGAGACCUGCAAUAGACAGUUCUUUUGUCUCGGGACCUAGGAAAGCCCUGAGGAAUGAGACCCAGAGCAAGUGUGUUCUCUUGGGGGUGAGGAGGGACGGGACAGAGGGAGAUGAUAGCCAAAGCAUUGGGAAAUGCCAGGAAUGGCUGGUCCAAGCAGGGGCCCACCCAUGAUGGGCAGCCAAGGCCUGAGGAAGGAUUUUCAAAAGAAAGGAGAAGAGAUUAGUGGAGAAGACAAAUUUCCCCUAACUCACAAUGUUGCCCACCACUGGCCAUUUUAAUGCAUUUUAUUGCCAAUGGUAGGCGAAAUCACCCUUCCUUAUGGCCCAGUGAAACUCUCAUUACCUGCACUUUGGUGAGCAGCUGCUUGCUUGAAUCUUACAAUUAAAAUCAAGAUGUGGGGAAGUCUCUGCAGAUGGAUUUUUUUAAAGAGUUAAGUCAGAAGAAAGAUGAAGUGUCCUUGUGUGAGGCCGACUGCGGGCCUCCUGUCGCUCCCUGAACACACUGGGAUAUGCAGGAGGAAGCAGCCUUUCCUACGUUCACUCCCCCUUCGGGACCUCCCUGAGGCCAAGGUCCCUCUGGUCAGCAACAGAAUGAAAAAUCAUCGCUCUCACCAAAGUAGAAAAGUGGCUGUGAAACUGGAAUAGGUGUGUCUUUCGGUCCUUCCGGUUCUUUUUAUAGGCACUGCAGGGACCUGAGUGAGGGCCUGCAGCUCUUCCGCCCAUUCGGGGAGAGAUUAAAGAAGCUGAGGUCGUCUCCUCCUUACUCAUUGGCAGUCCCAACCCGGCCAGCACCACAGUCUCAGCUUCCAGAGUGGGCACGCAGAAGGGGGUCAGAAGACAAUUCUCGUGAAGUCCACCUAUAAGUCACCAUGUAUGAGGACUGCGUGAAGUCCACAGAAGACUAUUUUCUCUUCUGUGACAAUGAGGGGCCAUGGGGCAUCAUUCUGGAGUCCCUGGCAAUACUUGGCAUAGUGGUUACGAUAAUGCUACUCUUGGCAUUUCUCUUCCUCAUGAGAAAGGUGCAAGACUGCAGCCAGUGGAAUGUGCUCCCCACCCAGUUCCUCUUUCUCCUCAGCGUGCUGGGGCUCUUUGGACUUGCUUUUGCCUUCAUCAUCCCGCUCAAUGAACAAACCGCCCCCGUGCGCUACUUUCUCUUUGGGGUUCUCUUUGCGCUCUGCUUCUCAUGCCUCUUGGCUCACGCCUCCAACCUGGUGAAGCUGGUCCGGGGCCGAGUCUCCUUCUGCUGGACGACAAUUCUGUGCAUUGCCAUCGGCUGCAGUCUGUUGCAGAUAAUUAUUGCCAUUGAGUACGUGACCCUCAUCAUGACCAGGGGUAUGAGGUUUGUGAACAUGACACCCUGCCAGCUCAAUGUGGACUUUGUCGUACUCCUGGUCUACGUCCUCUUGCUGAUGGCCCUCACAUUCUUCGUCUCCAAAGCCACCUUCUGUGGCCCAUGUGAGAACUGGAAGCAGCAUGGAAGGCUCAUCUUCGUCACUGUGCUCUUCUCCAUCAUUAUCUGGGUGGUGUGGAUCUCCCUGCUGCUGAGAGGCAACCCACAGCUCCCGUGCCAGCCCCAGUGCCAACCCCAGUGCCCGACCCAGUGGGACGACCUGGUCAUCUGCAUUGCCCUGGUCACCAACGCAUGGGUUUUCCUGCUGCUGUACAUCAUUCCUGAGCUCUGCAUUCUCUACAGAUCGUGCAGGCAGGAAUGCCCUCUGCCAGGCAACGCCUGCCCUGUCCAAACCUACCAGCGCAGCUUCUGCGUGGAGAACCAGGAGCCCUCAAGAGCCCGAGACAGUGAUGGAGCUGAGGAGGAUGUAGCACUAACUUCCUGUGGUACUCCCAUUCCGCCGCAGAUGGUUGAUCCCACACAAGAGUGUUUCAUCCCACGGGCUAAGCUGAGCCCCCAGCAAGAUGCAGGCAUAUAAAGUCCACAGGAAACAUGAAGAGUGGAAACCCAGAAGACCAUCCUGGGUAAUGCAGCCCUGAUGGGCCACUGGGACGCCCACCGCGUCCUACUGCUGAGGAAGCAUCGUCCCCUUCCUUCUGUUUCCUCGCCCUUUCAUCCACUUGGACUCUCCAUCAGAAGACGACCUUCCAAGCAUAAUUAUAAUCUUGCUGCUCCCCUCCCUUGACUGUGUGUCUCUUUCUUCAUUCGUGUAACUGGAAAAUUCCCUUUCUUAUCAAUGCUGAAAAGAAUCAGUGCCUCUUACUCGUGGGACCAAAAGAGCCUGGUCUGAAGAAAUUAGGGGCAUCCCAAUGUGACAAAGUAUAGAGGUCAGUAGAAACUU